AAGUGACAACAGGCCUCUGUCAUGUCAUUACUCAUUGUAUAAACGCGAUGUUUUUAUAGAUUCACUAAAAAUGUGUUUCGUCUAUACAAAGACGAGAAUUUUAGCGUUCAAAGCUAAAUAAAAAGCCAUCCACCAUGGCUUUCUUCGCCCUUCUAUGGAAGGCGCGAACAAUAGAAAAAUACAGACUAAACUAUGAAAGAGAAAAAAUCAAUUCUAUAGUGUUGGGCAAUACGCAGAUGGAACAGACGUUGUCCCAAAGAUGGAGCCACUAUAGACGUGAUACAAAAAAACGGAUUUCAAGAACAUUCAAGAAAUGGUAUCCUGAAGGCAGCAGUGUGGCAAACUUUUUCCUGUAUUUGCGAACAGAUCAGACAUUUCCCAACUUUCUGUUGAAGAGUGUGAUGGGAUUUGUGGGAGGCAUCAUACUGACGUAUCUGUGCUUCAUGUUUUUCGUCUUCCAGCUUUCUAUAUCUCUCAUUCAUGCUACCAUCAUGAGUUCCAUCAUUGGCGUUCUUCUUACUUUGGGCUUGGCUUUUAGCUAUAGAAUAAGAUGCCUAGUCUUCCUGCUGAUCCCUCAAUUCUUCUCCCGCGUCGGAAGGUACACCCUGACCUGCUACGCCCUGGUACUCAUCCUGACAGGACCUGCCACUAAUACCUUGAAGAACUCUGAAGUACUAUCUGAAUCUAUGGCUUGCUCUCAAGAACAAAUAAAAACAAGCGUGCACCAACUGAAUGAUCUGAUGAAGAAACCGUUCACCACUAUGAAAGACUCGCUGAAGGUGAUGGUGGACCGGCUGAAGAUGAUCACGGCGAAGGUCAAGGAGACGGUGGUGGAACUCGAUCGAUUGGUUCUUAGUAUUGUAAGCAUCAUCCAGUCUUCGUUCUCCUGGCUACAAUCAGUAGCAGACAUAUGCAACGCUCAGCUUGGGACCCCAUACGACCGCUGCAACAGUGCGAUGAAGGAAGGCAUCUCUGAUUGCAAGAAGCACUUAGGCCCUGACCUCUCGAAGCUAUGUGACGUGGCCUAUGUAGCCCAAGCUGCCUGCUACUCCGUGAUGCCCUUCAAAGCAUUCUGUUACGCCAGUGAUUUUAUGGAUGAAGCUAUUCUGGCGACUGUUAAGAAGAAACUAAGAAACUUCAGCGAGCAUCUCCGAGCGAUGUUCCACGUGGAAGUCCACAUGCACCACUCGUUCUCGUACAGCAGCAACACCAGCCGGUCUGCCAGCCAGGUGGCUGCCGGCAUCGUCACUGAGAUCAGGAACAGAGCUGAUCCGCUGCUCACCUGGCUCUCUUGGAGCUCCUGCGUCACCAGCUUGUUCUUGCUGCUUAUUAUAUUCAGAGCCAAAUACUACCAACACAUGUACGAAACUCGGUCUCGUUUCGACAACCGUUACGUCACCAAGGAGUUGCAAGAGUUGGACCUGAAGAGACAGCGGCAGGGCAGGGAAACCGUCCUGCCUUUGAAUAGGAGGGAGCGCGCUAAGUAUAUCAAUACAACGUCCUUUCGUCUGGUAGCUUCAGAGAAAGUAUACCUGAACCGCUCAGCAGUGUUCAUGGCGAUCACUACCUUCAAGCUGCUGAUACACAUGGUGGCUGACUACAGCCUCUACUGGGUCCUGAUGACCAUACGUUACCAUGGGAGCUAUCAGACGGAAUUGAUGCCUGGUAUCCCCCACUCAGGAGCCCAUGUGUCUGGUAAUGGCUACGUAGCGAGGUUGUUCAGCUCCAUCAUAGGGAUCCUGGACGUACCGCUCUCCUUCCCAGCACCUUCGCCCAUUACCUGCCUGCCUGAUCCCUACCCACCUGAUUUGCGAAGAUAUACACAGAUUGGAGUUCUCAUCUUCCUACUAUGGUUCUUCGCUCUCUUCGAACCGUAUGGUCUUCGGCUGCGGCAUCUGAUCAUGGGACAUUACAGGCCGGAGCGGGCCAAAGCCAGAGCCACUUGGCUGUACAACCAUAUACUGAGGACUAGAGCAAGUUUCAUGAAAUUCGCUAGAAGAAAAUUGCAUCGUGACUACAAAUAUUCUUCAGGGUCAUCGCUUACGUUUCGUCAAUGGAUUACAGAUCUUAUACCAUGCCAGUGCCUCAAAUCCAUGCUGGGAUUGAGCGAUAAGGAGCCUCAUUGUCUUCUGUGUGGUAUUACUCCAUCUACUGAGCCAGAAUCGGAACUCACGAGAUGUCAGACACAGGGAUGUCCAGGUAUAUUCUGCAUGAGCUGCUUCCAAGAUAUUGGUGCAUUGUGCACUAUAUGCCUGUCGCCUGCUGACUAUGGAGACCUUAGUGAUGUCAGCUUUGAGAAAGGUUCGUCUGAUGAUAGCGACAGUGAGCACGGCGAUCCAGGAGGAGAGACAAUGCAUGAAAAUGUUCCUCUACUGCAAAUGGAGGAAGUAAAUAGAAGAAAUAUAAGAAAAUCUUCUCACAGCUAUGAUCAACGUUGGCAGUUUUUCAAUGAAAGUGGUCCAGGACUAAUGGAUGCCAUUGAAUUACCUACUAACAACUAUGAACAGGGCUCUUCUGCUCCGAACAUCCUUAGACGGUUUCACAGUCUGACCAGUAAUUUGAGAAUACGGUACAAAGAAAAACAAUACACCCUUGAUUGGGUAACAAAAGUCCGAUCAGAAAACACAUACAACAUAAUACCUGAAGACAAUUACACCUUUCAAUCCAGCUCUUUCGAAAUGGAAGAUGUGUUCCAUGAAACUAAAUCUAUCGGAGUAAACACUGAUAGAAACCGUGGCAUGAUAAUAAAUAUAUUGAUGAACAAUUUCAGCCAACGAAGGAUACAAUUCUUUCGUAAUAAACACAGAAAUGUGAAAUCUAGUCACAAACAAUACAAAGAAAAGCAAAUUAAACACAAUUUCACUGAAACCAACAGAAAGACGAUUGUGUUCACUAAAACGUUACACGCAUACAAUUUAACUAUACCGCAAAUAAACACAAAGAAUAUUGUAAGAAAUAAGAAAAAUAAUGAAGCAAAAUGUAAAACGAAUUUGGCUAAGGAAUAUAAAGGCACAAUGAAAAUGAAAUAUUUUAUGAGGAGCAGUGGCGUGAUAGAAGUCACAGACCAAAGCAACGAUGGAACUCCAGAUAAUGGUAGGACCAAUAAUCCUCCCGGUGACAAUAAUGAAGAAGUAAACAAAUCUAUAGAUAACGCAGAUAACGCAGACCUCCCAGACAAGAAGAAAAAGAAGAAAUCCAAGAAAAAGAAGCAGAAACAACCCAAAAAACCAAAAGAAAAUAAGAAAAUUAAAAAGAAAAGCUCUCGCCAUGGGAUGAAUGAGAUACACACAUUCUUUUCAAGCCGUUGGAACAAUUUGAAAUCCAGUUUAAUGAUAUCAAAGAGAUCAGACAGUCCAACGGCUAAAGAAAAGAAAAAUCAUAAAAGGAGAAAAAAGCGAAAAGUUAUAGAUGUGAUAGAAACUGAAACAGACGAGUGUUUAGAGAAAAACGAUAUAAACCAAACCAGGAACCUUCGGGUGUCAGCAUUCCUGGCUGAACUGGAAUGGUCGAAAAAAGAAUAUAAGAAGGAGAAAGGUGCUGAUGGGAAAAACGAUUCGUUCUUAUUCCCCAGAGGCCCGAAGCGGAUCGCUACUAAUAAAAUAGUAGGUAUGGUUCAUCUGAAGAAUUUGCCCUUCCAAUGGCGUGAGGCACCAAAGCAGGAUAUUCCCCACUGUGACUGCCAAGACACAAAAUGUUCCUGCCCAGAGAAAUCGGACAAAUGUAUGAAAAUAUUUGGACGGUUAUCUAAAUUUUCAGCAAGAUUGAACAACAAGAAAAAUAUCGAGAAAUUCCGUACUAAAGUCAGUACGUUGGAUACUCCAUCUAGUUUGAUGGCGAAAAUGUUGAGCACCAUCAACGCUAAACGGGACAAAAGUAAAGAGAUUGCGAUUGAGAGCUCAAUCUGCAUAGCAAAACGAACGAGUUACUAUGAAGAGGCGACUAAGGAAGUUCUUCAAACUAAAGAGCCAGUAGCAGCGCAUCAAUCGCCGCGUCGUGAGCCGCAGAAUGCUGCUCAUGAAUAUGAGCCUCUACAUUGGCUUGAAACAAGUCGAGAUCCUCGUCAAUCAGUUACACACUUAGACACGGACAUGUUAUUCAAAAAUGAAAAUUUCAUGAGUGAUUACAUUCAGGAACCCUCCGAAGGCAUAGCACAGACAUCUAAAUUUAUGUCGAAUAAUACGCUGCUCGAAAAACAAUUAAUUGUAUCCCAUAGCAAGAAUCCAAAGUGUUUGGAUACAUCAGACACAGGCAAAUGCCGCUGUGACUUCUACGACGAUAUCCAAAAGAAAUGGGCACAAUGUAAAAAGUCUCUAUCUGAUAGAUGCGAGACCCCAUUCGUUAUCAUGAAGAAUUUACGUUCUUCUUUAUUUGGACCCUCGUGCAACAAAACGACAUGCCCGAACAAACAGGAUAAAAAACCUAAACCAGUAAUAGUAAAAGAGAACAAUAAAAAAAUGAAAAUGCCCAACUUAAUGUCAAAGAAAAAUAAACCUGUUGCAAUUCAGACUGAAAAAAAGGGCAAAUCGAAACAGGGGCAGAUAGCGGUACAAACGAAUCCUAGGAAAAAUGAGGAAACACAACUGACAGAUGAUACUGAUAUAGAAAAGUGCAUCGAAAUGGAAAUGAAGAAGAAACUGCCCCCUUCGGCGUCUGCAGCAGAGUUUGAUGAGGCCUGUAAGAAGCAAAUGAAGCAGCUUUUAGAUUGUUUAAAUAAAGAAACAGAAGAAAUGGCAAAAGCAGCAGCCGCAGCAAAAACUAGUGCGCCAGCGACCCCAGGGACACAAACUCCGCGUAAGAAGGAACCACAACCUCCCGAUACAUGUGCUCCACCACCACCUAAGAAGGAACCACCACCUCCUGAUAAAUGUUUACCUACAAAACCAGCAAAGGCACCAAAAGCAAAACCAGCUAAACCAGCAAAACCACCCAAACCACCAAAGGCACCGAAACCAGUUAAACCACCAAAACCAAAACCAGCGCCUGAGAACAUAUGCUGUUGUCCAGAUCCCUCAGCAUCUUCAAGGGACUUCGAACCUGAAAAGAAAACGAAAAAACCUGGUGGUACACCAGGUGCACAAUCGCCGGCGUCGGCAAAAAUGGCACAAUCGCCUGCAUCGGCAAAAACGGCACAGUCGCCAACAUCAGGAAAAACGGCACAAUCGCCAACGUCUGCCAAAAUGCCGCAAUCUCCACCAAAAUCAAGGUUUGGUACACCAGGGGCACAAUCGCCAGCUUCAGCAAAAUUGCCGCAACCUGCACCACCAAAAUCAAAGGUUGCAACACCAGAUACACAAUCUUCAGGUAGACUCCCCGCACUCGAUAAAAAAGCGGUAGAUGACUGUCUACCAUCAGGGAGACAAUCUCCAGAUAGACGCCCAUUGCCGAAACCUGCACCAGGAAAAUCAAAGGGUGGAACACCAGGGACACAAUCUCCAGUUAGUCAAAAAAUGCCGAAAAUUGGAUCAGCAAAAGCACCAUUAGAUGACUGUCUACCUUCAGGGAGACAAUCUCCAGUUAAAAAACUGCCGAAAAUUGGAUCAGAUAAAAAACUGCCUAAAACUGGAUCAGGAAAAUCAACCUAUUAUGAUGAAUGUCUUGGACCAACAUCAGGCGCACAAUCGGCAACUUCAAUGAGACUGCCAAAACCUCCACCAAAGUCAUCGUGUGAUGACUAUAAGUCUUCGGGGACAGAUUCUCCAAGACGUGGCCCCGUAGUCGACAAAAAAGCUUCGAAACCAGGAAAACUAGGAAAGCAAGAUGGGCGUAUGACACCAGGGAUCCAAACCCCACCUAGGCGUGACAACCUAGGUGACAGGAAACCUAAGAGAACUCCAUCAGGCAAAACAUGCUGUUCACCGUGUCCGGCAACAAUAGCUCCAUCGAAGCACUCAGUAAAAAAGCCCACAGGACUGAAAUUUGAAAAGGAACAGAAAAAGACAAAGAAUCAAGGGACAUAUGCUAAGCCUGACACCAAAUGUGGAGGGUGUCAGGUGGACGGAGCCUGUCACUUCUGCAGUAAAAACGCAGUUGUACGCUUUGAAAAAUUACCGAAAUAUACCCUUUCAAUUAAUACUGCCGUAGGAUCAUCGUCUGUACGGAAUUUGCGUGACGAAGCCAUUCAAGGCUGUACCCAGGAUACAUGCACUUGUGCGACUCAGCACGAACAGCCGUGCCGUAAGAAGACAGCGUCCACACUCACCCCUUACGUAGUCAGCUCUUUUACUAUAGACGACGAGCAUUCUUUUGGACCUAAGAAGACUCAACACAGACUUGUAGCCCACAAAGGUACCUACUUUUCAAGACAUCGCAAGAAGAAAAGCAGAGAUGCGAAAUCUGGAGUGUCCAAACGAGAUCGAAAACUUUCCCUAGAACGCAGUUUAUGUUAUCUAAAUCGCAGCUCGCACGCGGCAAAGGAAUUAGCCGGCGUUUUCACAGAUACAGUAACAGACACGUCCAUUAGUUCCAUAUCGAUCAGAAGUGAUGAAAAGACAGAUACAACAGUGUGCAGCCUGGCCACCGUCGACUAUGACGACAAUCCAAGACUCAGAAAAUUUCGCGUAAAAGUCGUCACAAAGACCAAUCAGUCCACCCUUACAGACAAAACUAGACUCUGUGACACAGGUACUGUGACCCAAGAUUGGUGGAGUCCAUUAGUAGAGAGAAAGAGUGGAGAAAUUACGCUGGAGAAGAAGAAAGGGUACAUGAUUGACAAGCAGAAAAGGGAUAGGAGAGAGAUAAAGCCGUGGAGUGAGUUGAAGGAGUUGAGGGAUAUUAAGAAGAGAAGGAGAAACUGUGGGGUGACGACUGAUGGUAGGAUCGUUACUUUUAGGAGUAGGACGCAGAUUAUACCCACGGGUUUAGUAUCUGGCUUUCAUGAUAUCAUGUCUCCAUCUCGUUAUCUUCUUGAAUCCCAAAGGUACUACAACGAGCUGUUUGCUUACAAUUUCAUUCCUGCUCAAAUGGAGUUCAACUGCGUCUCUCAAGUCCCGAGAUACCAAGAAAAGGAGAAGUUACGAUCUCCUCUGGGUACUAGACGAAACCACCAUCGCAAAACAAAAAGACUGGAAGAUUGCUACUCCCCUCGAAGACAAAUAUCUCCAAGAAAACGUUUCCCGGAACCUGAAUCUCCUCGCAGACGACACACUCCUAGACAUACAAACCAUCGACAAUAUUCAAAAUAUUUCUCGCCAAGAAAAUUCAAAUAACAAAAUAUAAUUUAAUUAUAAAGCUUCUAGUAAUAAAAAUUUGAUACUUACAGAAAUAAGAAAUAGAUGUAAUUAAUGUAUUUUUUAAAUUCUAUGUCCAUAAGAGUAUAGAGAUAUGUUUGAGCCACUGUGUCUGGAUAAAUUGUAAGUUUGUUUAAUAGUAUUUGAAUGUAUUUUUUGAGGCUAAAUAAAGUAUUUUUUCUUUUA